AUCAUGAGGAGGGAGAACCAGAGCAGCGUGUCCGAGUUUCUCCUCCUGGGGCUCCCCAUCCGGCCAGAGCGGCAGGCCAUGUUCUUCGCCCUGUUCCUGGGCAUGUACCUGACCACAGUGCUGGGGAACCUGCUCGUCAUCCUGCUCAUCAGGCUGGACUCUCGCCUCCACACCCCUAUGUACUUCUUCCUCAGCCACUUGGCCUUCACUGAUGUCUCCUUCUCAUCUGUCACUGUCCCAAAAAUGUUGAUGGACAUGCAUGCUAAGUACAAAUCCAUCCCCUAUGAAGGGUGUAUUUCACAAAUGUAUUUUUUUAUAUUUUUUACUGACCUGGACAGCUUCCUUAUUACAUCAAUGGCAUAUGAUCGCUAUGCGGCUAUAUGUCACCCUCUUCAUUAUACCACCAUCAUGAGGGAAGAGCUGUGUGCCUUACUAGUGGCUAUAUCUUGGAUCCUGUCCUGUGCCAGCUCUCUUUCCCACACCCUUCUCCUCACCCAGUUAUCCUUCUGUGCUGACAAUGCCAUCCCCCAUUUCUUCUGUGACCUUGGUGCUCUGCUUAAGAUAUCCUGUUCAGGCAUCUUCCUCAAUGAGUUGGUCAUGUUCACAGUAGGGGUGGUGGUCAUUACCCUGCCAUUCAUAUGUAUUCUGGUAUCUUACGGUUACAUUGGGGCCACCAUCAUGAAAGGUCCUUCCACCAAGGGGAUCUGCAAAGCACUGUCCACAUGUGGCUCCCACCUUUCUGUAGUGUCUCUGUAUUAUGGGGCAAUAUUUGGGCAGUAUCUUUUCCCCAAAUUAAGCAAUUUCAUUGACAAUGACAUCAUUGUGGCUCUCAUGUACACAGUGGUCACACCCAUGUUGAACCCCUUUAUCUACAGCCUUAGGAACAGGGACAUGAAAGAAGCCCUGGGGAAACUCUUCGGUAGGGCAACAUCUUUAUCACGGUGA